AUGAGCAAGCAUACCAACUUUAUACACCAAAGGAUGGGCAGUCAUGAUGCAGAAGGGCUGAAGAACUUCUGGGAAAAAGUCAUCCAUGAGCAAACUAAACAACGAGAAGGUGAAGAGUCUAGGCUACGCAAAAGCGCUCUGCACAAACUCCGCCAGGAAUGGACUCUGCGCUUGGAAGGCCGAGCAAAGCAGAUCCAGGUGCACGCAAAAAAGGAGAAAAAACAAAUGACGCUGCCAUCCAUUGAGGCUCUUUCCUCACCAGAUAAAACUGUUGCUUAA